GGCCAUUUUGGUCCCACCUAGCCCCGACACAGCAGCCCCUCUUCGGCCCCCCAGAGAUGGACCAAACCGAGCUCUGGACCUCCGAUUCGGCAUCUGUCCUCCUCUGAACCCCCUUAGCCAGCUCCGGUACCUCAUCCUGCGCGUCUGGAUAUGUUUUUGGACCCACUUUGGAGCGAAUUUCGUUGGGAAGUGGCCACCGAGAGACAUUAACUAGUCCGCCUUUACCGUAGUUCUCAAGCCCGGAUAGAGAGACGGACAGUGAUUUUUACUACUCCUAAAUAAGGUUUUUACUGUUUGGAGUAAAAGGGAUGUUAUUUUCUACUGGGGAGCACUUUUUGUUCUAACACCGGGUCCACUGCUUUGGAGAUUGACACGGUCCAUGCCGAGACAGUUUACCCGGACAAACCUUUCAUUUUUCGGCUGUCGGACUUAACAAAGACUCGGUGCAGUUUUUGUCAGGUUUGGGGGAUCUAAAGCAGUAAAAAUAACCGGGGACAGGAUGUCAACCAAAACCCCUUUGCCAACUGUGAACGAAAAAUCGACGGAAAGUCACUCGUCCUCUCACAGUAAUGGUCGCACUGAGGGGGGCUCACGCUCCUCCAGGACAGGGGUCCGCACUCGCAGCUCAGAUGAUCCUCAACCUCCUCAUGUGGGAAACUACAGACUCCUCAAGACCAUCGGCAAAGGAAACUUCGCCAAAGUCAAACUGGCUCGACACAUACUCACAGGCAGAGAGGUGGCCAUUAAGAUCAUAGACAAGACCCAGCUCAACCCCAACAGUCUUCAGAAGCUCUUCAGAGAAGUUAGAAUAAUGAAGAUCUUAAAUCAUCCCAAUAUCGUGAAACUCUUUGAAGUGAUCGAGACAGAGAGGACGCUUUACCUGGUCAUGGAGUACGCCAGCGGAGGAGAGGUGUUUGACUACCUGGUGGCUCACGGCAGAAUGAAGGAGAAGGAGGCGCGGGCCAAAUUUAGACAGAUUGUAUCAGCGGUGCAGUACUGCCACCAGAAGCACAUUGUUCACAGAGACCUCAAGGCGGAGAACCUGCUCUUGGACGCGGACAUGAACAUAAAGAUCGCAGACUUUGGCUUCAGUAACGAGUUCACGAUGGGAAACAAACUGGACACGUUCUGCGGCUCUCCUCCGUAUGCGGCUCCGGAGCUGUUCCAAGGAAAGAAGUACGAUGGUCCCGAGGUUGACGUGUGGAGUCUGGGGGUCAUCCUCUACACUCUGGUCAGCGGGUCUCUGCCCUUCGAUGGACAGAACCUCAAGGAGCUUCGUGAGCGUGUACUGAGAGGCAAAUACAGGAUUCCCUUCUACAUGUCCACAGACUGCGAAAACCUCCUCAAGCGCUUCCUAGUGCUGAACCCGGGUAAACGGGGCACUCUCGAGGUGAGGGAGGACGCCCAAAAUCAAAUCAUGAAGGACCGGUGGAUAAACUCUGGGUUUGAGGAUGACGAGCUGAAGCCUUACACUGAGCCAGAGCUUGACAUCACAGAUCAGAAGAGGAUAGAUGUGAUGGUCGGGAUGGGCUACAACCUAGACAAGAUCCAGGAGUCUUUGGCCAAAAUGAAGUAUGACGAGAUCACUGCCACGUACCUGCUGCUGGGGAGGAAGGCCUCGGAGAUGGAGUCAGAGUCGGCCUCCAGCAGUAAUCUGAAUCUGGCCAAACCGCGACCGAACAGUGAACUGAACGGACAGUCUCCAUCUCACCUCAAAGUCCAGAGGAGCGCCUCGUCCAACCACAAGCAGAGGAGAUACAGCGAACAAGUCGGUCAGAACGUACCUCCGGGGAUGACCCAGCCCAAGCGCUCCCAAACAACCACCGCAGAGAACAGCUCCAAAGACGAGGGGAGUGUCCAGCUGCGCAAACCAAGCACACCCCGAGCCCAGCCCACCAGCCCCAUCCUCGGGAACGCCAACAACCCCAACAAGGCCGACAUCCCAGACCGGAGGAAAGGAGCUACCACCGGGACCACUAAUAAUUCUGCAUCUGCGGGGAUGACCAGGAGGAACACGUAUGUUUGCAGCGAUCGGAACAACACGGAUCGACUCUCGGUGAUUCCGAAUGGGAAAGAGAACAGCAGUAUUGCCGUCUCUCCCGGUGGACAGAGGAACCCGGUUGCUUCCACCCACUCCAUCAGCUCCUCCACAACCCCGGACAGGCUGAGAUUCCCUAGGGGCACGGCCAGCCGGAGCACCUUCCACGGGGGACAGCUCCGAGACCGACGCACGGCCACCUACAACGGCCCGCCCGCGUCGCCCACCCUCUCCCACGAUGCGUCGCCCCUCUCUCAAACCCGCAGCAGAGGCACCAGCAACUUGUUCUCCAAACUUACCUCCAAACUCACCCGAAGAAACAUGUCAUUCAGAUUUUCCAAAAGGGUCACUCUUGACCCCAACAAACGGCAAACGUCCAAAUCCGCCGCACAGGGACCAAAGAGCCUUAAGUCUCCACUGAGUUUGAGAGAAACGGGAGACUCGAAGGUUCAAGCCGCCAUGUCCCAUCUUCAGACCAGACCGGACCCAAAGCCGACUCCAAACCUCGAUCUUUGCGCUUCACAUGGAGUAUGAGGACCACCAGCUCCAUGGAACCCAACGAGAUCCUCCGCGAGAUCCGGAAAGUUCUCGACGCCAACAACUGCGACUACGAACAGCAAGAAAGCUUCCUCCUCCUCUGCGUCCACGGCGACGCGAGAGCCGAAAACCUCGUCCAAUGGGAGAUGGAGGUUUGCAAGUUGCCCCGCCUCUCCCUAAACGGAGUGCGAUUCAAGAGAAUAUCCGGUUCUUCGAUCGCGUUCAAAAACAUAGCGUCAAAAGUUGCCAACGAGUUAAAACUAUGAGUAAAAAACAAUUACCGCAAAGUAUAAAUAUAAGAACUAGUAUUUAAACUGUACAUUGCAAUCACCCAAGUAGCAGUUUUUCCAAAUCUGAAUUUCUUUUUUUUUUUUUUUUUUUAAACAAGAGUAUGUAUGGAAUAUUAUAAUGUAUAGAGAAACUAAAAAGCUUUUUGGCAAUAAUCACAAAUACUAAUAUCUUUCAGGAAGUUUAAUGGUCGACAUUUAAAGUGGCGUCAAGGGAGUUUUGGGCAGGAUUACAUGUAGAAUUUGAAUACAGUUAGUGCCAAACUUGAGCAGAUUUGCUAUUGAGGAUUUAAAAGUUAACAAAGCAAUGGAGGUUUUUCACUCGCCCGUUUGUCUCCGUGGAGAUGUUAUGUUGCUGCUUUGCCUGGAAUGUCCCACAGUAUGACAUUAAACGCAUCUAUUUUUGCAUUUUAAAAAUAGAAUUACAUGUUUUCUAGCUUAAAAAAAUACCUCGAAAAGCUAAACGUGAGUGGGAUGUCCUUUGCACAGAUCUGACCCGUAACUUCAACUGGUGGUGCUUCCUUCUCGUGUCUCUGUGGAGUUUAAUGUUAUACUGUGGAGCAUUUUAAGCAAUACUAUAACAUUGCACAUUGCACCGUUAAGUAGUGAUUGACAGUUGAAAUUUUGGGCAAAACAAAUUUUUUUUUCCUCAUUAAAUUUAUGGUUAAGUUUGCAAAAUUAAAACCUGGAGGCACAUUGUAAAAAUCUGAAGGUUAAUAUAUUUAAGUGUCUUUAAUUCACAGUGAAUUUACCAUAAUUUAACCUUUAUAUGGUUGGGACUAGUUUUUUGAGUGGAAGAAUACUGCCAUGGAAAUAGUAGUCAGUUAUAAUCAAAUUGACUCAGAUUAUGCAUACCGUAUACGACUGCCUUAUAUUUUCAUUUUAAUGCCUGUACUAUGAAGUGUAAUUGGUUUAUUUUUGUUCCAUUUAAUUUCAGAACGAGUCUCUCCUCAAGCUAGUACGUCAUUGCCUUCACGUUGCAGCUUCUAAAUUAAUUUGAGGAAAUAUUUUCAUUUUGAUUGAAAUUUUUUCCACUUUUCAUUACAGAAAUAUACUUUGAAACACGUACAAUUCUGCACACAUUUCUAGUUUAAAAUUCCCUCGACGCCACGUUUUUGAAUAUGAUUUGUCAUGCUGUGAAUGGACAAGAGCAUUUGUAGUCUUAUUUAUUAUUUCACCCGUUUUUUUUUUCCCCUCUAAGUUUAAAAAUGACAGCUUUUUGUUUUCACUGUAAAUAAUGUAAUCUUAAUUUCAAAAUCCGCUUCACCGCAAACUGUUAUUUUUCUUUUUGUAUUUUGUUGACGAGGUAGAUGGAGUUGUGUAAAUGGCCACACAUGUCUACAUUAAAAAGUGUCUGUCAAAA